AUCUUGGCGGAGGCGCGUUGGGGUUCCCGGCGGCGAAGACUACGACGACGAUCGGAGCGGACGGAGGCGGCGCCUGAGGCACCGGCGGAGCCCAUGCCCCGGGACGGCGGGCGGGCCGGGAGAGACGGGUCCGGGGCCCGGGGCAUGUCCCCGGGGCCCCCGUGAGCAGGAGGCGGCGGCGGCGAUGGAGAUCCCGCCGCAGGAGGCGCCGCCCGGGCCGGGCGCGGAUGCCGACGCGGACGCCGACGCCGAGGAGGCCCCGGCCGAAGCCGGGUCCCCCAACCCCGCCUCGCCGCCAGCCGACGGCCGCCUCAAGGCUGCAGCCAAGCGCGUCACGUUCCCGUCGGACGAGGACAUCGUGUCCGGAGCGGUGGAGCCCAAAGACCCCUGGAGACAUGCCCAGAAUGUGACCGUGGAGGAGGUGAUCGGUGCAUACAGACAGGCCUGCCAGAAGCUCAACUGCCGGCAGAUCCCCAAGCUCCUCAGGCAGCUGCAGGAGUUCACAGACCUUGAGGAACGCAUCAACUGCCUGGACCUGAAAGGGGAGAAGCUUGACUAUAAGACCUGUGAAGCUCUGGAAGAGGUCUUCAAGAGGCUGCAGUUCAAGGUUGUGGACCUGGAACAGACCAACCUGGAUGAAGAUGGUGCCUCUGCCCUCUUCGAUAUGAUCGAGUACUACGAGUCAGCCACCCACCUCAACAUCUCUUUCAAUAAGCACAUUGGUACCCGGGGCUGGCAAGCUGCUGCCCACAUGAUGCGCAAGACAAGCUGCCUCCAGUAUCUGGAUGCUCGAAACACACCCCUGCUGGACCACUCAGCGCCCUUUGUGGCCCGGGCUCUACGCAUCCGCAGCAGCCUAGCAGUGCUGCACCUUGAGAACGCCAGCUUGUCCGGGCGGCCCCUCAUGCUGCUGGCCACAGCCCUAAAGAUGAACAUGAACCUACGGGAGCUGUACCUGGCUGACAACAAGCUCAAUGGCUUGCAGGACUCAGCGCAGCUGGGCAACCUGCUCAAGUUUAACUGCUCCCUGCAGAUCCUGGACCUGCGAAACAACCAUGUGCUAGACUCAGGUCUGGCCUACAUCUGUGAGGGCCUCAAGGAGCAGAGGAAGGGGCUGGUGACCCUGGUGCUGUGGAACAACCAGCUCACACACACAGGCAUGGCCUUCCUGGGCAUGGCGCUGCCACACACACAGAGUCUGGAGACACUAAACCUGGGCCACAACCCCAUUGGGAAUGAGGGAGUACGCAACCUCAAGAACGGGCUUAUCAGCAACAGGAGUGUGCUUCGUCUGGGCCUGGCCUCCACCAAACUCACAUGCGAGGGCGCGGUGGCCGUGGCCGAGUUCAUCGCCGAGAGCCCCCGCCUCCUGAGACUGGAUCUACGGGAGAACGAGAUCAAGACAGGCGGGCUCAUGGCACUGUCCUUGGCCCUCAAGGUGAACCACUCCCUGCUGCGCCUGGACCUGGACCGAGAGCCCAAGAAGGAGGCGGUGAAGAGCUUCAUUGAGACCCAGAAGGCGCUGUUGGCCGAGAUCCAGAAUGGCUGUAAACGCAACUUUGUGCUGGUGCGAGAGCGGGAGGAGAAGGAGCAGCUGCAGCUGUCAGCCUCCAUGCCUGAGAUCACUGUCACUGCACCCCAGUGUCUGGAGGAAUCUGGGGACCUGCCAGCUACCGGGGCACAGAAUGGGGCCCCUAGCUCUGAGCCUGGGCCUGGCCCAGACUCAGACUCGGACUCAGACUCUGAUGGGGAGGAGGAUGAGGAGGAGAAUGAGGAGGAGGAGGACCAACAGGACCAGCAGAGGGAAGAGGCCAGCAAUGACCAGAGUCCCUCAGUCCCCUGCCCUGCCCUGGUGCCCUCCACGGACUCCCUGGGCCCUGGGGACAGGAGCCCCCUGGGCAGUCCCUCCUCUCCCAAUGAGCAGCGUAUUUCUGUGUCCAGCCCAGGCCGGGGCCACAAGGUGUUUGUGGUAACCCGGGUGGAGAGUCCACCUGAGAGGCCAGAGCUCCCUAUUCCCCCUGCCUUUGUCUCCUCUCCUCCACCCUCCCCUCCCUCCCCACCUGCCUCUCCUGCCCUUUUGCCAUCUCAGGCCACAGACACCCAGGACCCAGAGUCAUCCAAGCCUCAGCCCCAGCUGGAGCCAACUCAGGCAGGGCAGCCACUGCCCAACGGCCUGAAGCCUGAGUUUGCCCUUGCACUGCCCCCAGAGCCACCCCCAGGAUUGGAGGCUAAGGGGGGCAGCUGCAGCCUGGAGCAUGAGCUUCACCUUCCCCAGGACGCCAGCAAGCUGGAGGAGCUGCUUCUAGAGGCCAGUCUGGAGGCCCCGAGGGACACACUGUGAUACUACUUUCCUUUGUGCCAGUCGGCCUGCGAUGAGCCGAGGCCAGCCACGAAGAUCUGCUGACCCCUGCCCGGUCCCCCAGGAUGCCAGACAGGGUGUCCCGGGCUUCACCGCAGCAACACUACAGCCACAAGGGGCACAGGACUGGGAGCGGCUACCCAGACUUGAGCACUUAUUUAUGUGCCCGCCAUUCCACAGCCUGGGGCCAGGGGAGAAGAGAGAGGACAGGAGGAGCUAGCUCUCCAGGGUCACCAGCCACUCUGGUCCUGGAGGAUCCAUGUGACCAGCCUGUCCUGGGAUAGGUGGGAGUCAGGGCAGUGGUGGCAUAGCCCCCUGGCCCAUCACAGGACCUGGCUGGUGGUAUGGGGCUGGCAGAACUUGCCAGUUGCCCUGGCAGGGUGGUGCCCUGGCAGGGUGGUGUCUUGGCAGGGUGGUGCCGGCAAGGAAUAGAGCUUUCUUUUCUAAGUGCAAUAAAAUCUAUCAGGGAGCUGGGCACCCAGCAGCAGGGUACUGGGACCCUGCUGCCCGGGCCACUGAGUCUGCGCCCUGAUAGGCACUACAACAGUGGGCAGCGGGUGGGUAGCUGGGUUGGGUAAGGGCGGGCUGGGGCAGUACAGCUCUGUCACGCCUUUUCUAAUAAAUGGGAGUUGGGUUCACCAUC